AUGAUAAAUAUUAUUGAUCGAAUAUUGUCCAUUAAACAAGAUGAUGAACAACAUCAAAUUCUCAAUUCUCAUAAUUCAUAUCGACAAAUAAAUUCAUCGACAUUAGAACCUCGUCAUGAUUUACCAUUACAUAAAAUUCCUGAACUUCUUGCUAAAAUAACUUUAAUAGUGUCGUCCAAUACAAAACAAUUAUCGACAUCAAUUGAUUGUUAUGAACAAUUAUUUAAACAUUAUUCAGAUAAUAAUCAUUGA